AUGCCAUAUCAUUCAGCUGAUCAGCGUCAUGACACUCGUGGAAACAAAACUGACCAUAUUGCUCAAAAGUUGGCCGACGCAACGGGAAAUGAUAUCGAUCCAUCGUCGGUAGAGGAACCAUGCACCCAAGAUAACGCUCACUCGCCACCCAAUGUGGAAGCAUUGCAACGAAGAAGCUUAGCGGAACGGUUGCAGAUUAUAUUCAACUUGCCAAGUCCCGAAGCGCUUUGUGGAGAGUGGUCCUGUUAUAUUGUGCGUUCGGCCAUCGUUCCCGGUUUCUUGUAUUUAACAGAAAACCACAUCUGUUUUUAUGCAUCAUUGCCUAACAGUCAGCAACGCUACCGUAAGACAGGAUAUCUGCUGAUCAAGCAAGGUGGUAAUUAUCAGCGGUGUUAUUUCGAUCUCGAUAAUGAUGCACUUCCAUGGUACGAAAGCGCCACCGAUUUGUAUUCUCCGUUGGGAAAAAUCGACCUCAAGGACGUAUUAGCGGUACGCCAAUCUCGAAAACGAACACAUGGUCUGAAAAUUACAACCACCAAUAAAACGUGGCAUUUGCAAGCGGACACCAGGGCGGGCUUAAUUGAAUGGUUAAAUGUACUGCAAAAGGCAAUCUUUCGAGCGAAACACCACGGAGCCAAUCUUAAAGUAUCGUUACCAUUUGAGAAUAUCCUGGAUAUCGAACAAACCGACGCCUUUGAAUUUCAGCAGUUUCUCAAAAUACGAGCCGUAGGAAUUGAUGACCCUUUCGUCAUGGAUGAAUACUAUUUUGCUUACUUUACAGAUAUCAAGUCCACAUUCGAAGCACUUUGGUCUGCAUGGAACAAUGCACAGAUAGGUGCCGCCCAUCACCUAUCGCUGAAUGGGUUAAGUCUGGAGUCUCCCAAGUUAUCCAACAAUGCUUCACCGCUGCAAUCCCCUUCCCUGUCCAUAUCCGAUUUAUACGAUAUCAAUGCGCAACCUAUCACCAUCCCGGCCGUAGGCGAGUCUCCCAAACCGCCAUCGCUGUCUACACGUCAAUCAUCCAUGAGUUCCGUGGUCGCCAAUGCUUUGUCAGUCCCGAGUGCAAUCCGAGAACUUUUAUAUCCAUCCACAUCUACAGCGCUCAAAGAGAAAACGCCAUCUUUGGACAACAGCCCUUGUAACACGACCGAUCCGAAUACAGCCGAUGUCGCCGAUUCUUCAAGUUCAGAGGAAGAUGAUCAGGCAAUGCGCGGAUGGUUGGCCGGGAAAAAAAAGUCGGGCAUGAAAUUGGUCUAUGGACUUUUGGGAGCUCACAUAGGCAGCCCCGCCGUCGAAUAUCCUGCGCAUCAUUUGAACGAUGAAGAAAAUGAUGAUGAGGAUGACAAGAUGUAUGAUAUGGCUCAAGAGACCCUAUCCUCCUCGGCUCACGGGAUCCCCAUUGAUGAUCGCACUAGAGCCAAUUUCAGAAAAUACUUUGUUUUGCCAGAAUCAGAGAGACUACACGCAGUGUAUCCAUGCUCGCUCAUGAAGACAUUGCCUUGCUACGGUAAAUUGUACAUAUCAUCGAAUCAUGUGUCGUUCAACUCAAAGGGGUUUGCCACCAAUGCCAAGAUGAUCAUUCCUUUGCAAGAAGUGGUACGCAUCCAGAAACUGAAGCAUCGAGGUUAUCUUUUCCAUUCUUUGAGUAUUGUCACACAGAACAAACGCGAGGUCUUUUUGGAAUUUUCGUCCCUAUCUAAACGCAAUAGUUGUUUUGCCAGACUGUUUCUGCAGCACAAAUGGGUGAUUGAGAACCGAUCGGUACCGGAACAGCAAGUGGAACAAGAUGCCCGGGAUUGGGAAGCACGGUUACUGGCUGAACAUAAAGAAAGCCUGGAGCAUAUCAUCCCACCUACCAAUGCAGGACUACCUGUAUUGAAUCGUCCGACAGACGAGCCUUUGGUGUAUCAACAACCUGGUAAACCGUUACACUUUACAUGCGUUACCAUUGGCACCCGUGGCGAUGUACAACCUUAUAUUGCUCUUUGCAAAGGACUGAUGAAAGAAGGUCAUACAUGUCGAAUUGCCACACACGAUGAAUUUGAAGGCUGGAUUCGUGAACACGGUAUCGAAUUUCGAUCCAUUGGCGGCGAUCCCAGUGAACUUAUGAGAAUUUGUGUCGAGAAUAGUUUCUUUAGUGUAAACUUUGUAAAGGAAGGAUUAAAACUGUUCAAAGUUUGGAUCGAUGAAUUACUCAAGAAAACGUGGGAAGCCUGUCAAGAUACGGAUGUGCUUAUUGAAAGUCCUAGUGCCAUGGUAGGUGUACACAUGGCAGAAAAACUGCAAAUACCUUAUUUUCGAUCCUUUCCUAUGCCCAUGACCAGGACACGAUCGUUUCCUCAUCCAUUUGCUACACCGAACCGACCCAAAGGACGGUUAUACAAUGACAUGACCUAUGUUCUAUUUGAUCAUGCCAUUUGGCAAGCCAUUGCCACGCGAACCAAUACAUUCCGUCAAGAAGUGCUUGGUCUGGCUCGGACAAGCUAUGAUAAGCUCGAAGUGUGGAAGAUUCCGUACUUGUAUUCGUUCAGUCCGCAUAUUGUCCCCAGUCCAUUGGACUGGAUGGACUGGAUCCAUUGUACAGGCUACUGGUUUCUUGAUUCACCUCAGACGGGAUGGGAACCGAGCGUGGCACUGCGAGAGUUUGUUGAAGCCAAGGAUACACGGCCCAUCGUCUACAUAGGCUUUGGAUCCAUCAUUGUAUCGGAUCCACAGGAAAUGACACGGAUUAUUGUCGAGUCGAUUCUGUUGUCCAACGUGAGAGCCAUUGUAUCGGAAGGAUGGUCUUCCCGGUUGCAAGACAAGGGUGCAUCCUCGGGUUCAGUUAACCCAAUCACACAACUACUGGAACAACAUCGAGGAACGAUUCUAAGUGUACCAUCGGUUCCGCACGAUUGGCUUUUCCCAAGAGUACGGGCCGUUUUACAUCACGGUGGCGCCGGAACCACCGCAGCAGGAUUACGGGCAGGAAGGCCUACGGUGAUUAAACCUUUUUUCGCGGAUCAAUUCUUUUGGGGCGAACGAGUCCAAGAUAUGGGGGUGGGUCUGUGCAUCAAAACAUUGACCAUCAAGCAUUUGUCGGCCGCUCUUCGCAUCAUUUCCACCGAUCAGACCAUGCUAAAGACCGCCGAAAAGGUGGGCCAAAAAAUCCGCUCGGAGCGCGGCGUAGAAACGGCAAUUCAAUGCCUGUAUCGAGAUAUGGAACUGGCAAUGGAACGAACGCGAUCGUCUGCACAACGAACGAUCGCCAAUACCGCGGAUGAAAUCGAUGAUGCCGUUACCAGUUUCUUGGAUGAGGAUCAAGGCUGGACAGUGAUUGACCCCAUCUCUCCGGGAGCCAUGUCCCCAAGAACAUGA